CCCGCGAUAGAGCGGCUUCGCGUCGACCCUGGCUUCUCUCUCCUUCCCCGCGGGCCCCCACCACCUUCAGAAUGACACUGGACGUGGGGCCGGAGGAUGAGCUGCCCGACUGGGCCGCGGCCAAGGAGUUUUACCAGAAGUACGACCCUAAGGACGUCAUUGGCAGAGGAGUGAGCUCCGUGGUGCGCCGUUGUGUUCAUCGAGCCACUGGCCACGAGUUUGCGGUGAAGAUCAUGGAGGUGACAGCUGAGCGGCUGAGUCCUGAACAGCUAGAGGAGGUGCGAGAAGCCACGCGGCGAGAGACGCAGAUCCUUCGCCAGGUCGCCGGCCACCCCCACAUCAUCACUCUCAUCGAUUCCUACGAGUCUUCUAGCUUCAUGUUCCUGGUGUUUGACCUGAUGCGGAAGGGAGAGCUGUUUGACUAUCUCACAGAGAAGGUGGCCCUCUCCGAAAAGGAAACCAGGUCCAUCAUGAGAUCUCUGCUGGAAGCAGUGAGCUUUCUCCACGCCAACAACAUUGUGCACCGAGACCUGAAGCCCGAGAAUAUUCUCCUAGAUGACAAUAUGCAGAUCCGACUUUCAGAUUUUGGGUUCUCCUGCCACUUGGAACCUGGCGAGAAGCUCCGAGAGUUGUGUGGGACCCCAGGGUACCUAGCACCAGAGAUCCUUAAAUGCUCCAUGGAUGAGACCCACCCUGGCUACGGCAAGGAGGUCGACCUCUGGGCCUGCGGCGUGAUCUUGUUCACACUCCUGGCUGGCUCACCACCAUUCUGGCACCGCCGCCAGAUCCUGAUGUUACGCAUGAUCAUGGAAGGCCGGUACCAGUUCAGCUCGCCCGAGUGGGAUGACCGUUCCAACACGGUCAAAGACCUGAUCUCCAGGCUGCUCCAGGUGGACCCUGAGGAGCGCCUGACAGCGGACCAGGCCCUGCAGCACCCGUUCUUUGAGCGCUGUGAAGGCAGCCAGCCCUGGAACCUCACGCCCCGCCAGCGGUUCCGGGUGGCAGUGUGGACUGUGCUUGCUGCGGGACGCGUGGCCUUAAGCACCCAGCGUGUCCGGCCAUUGACCAAGAGCGCACUGCUGAGGGACCCUUACGCCCUGCGGCCCGUGCGGCGCCUCAUCGACAGCUGUGCCUUCCGGCUCUAUGGGCACUGGGUGAAGAAGGGAGAGCAACAGAAUCGUGCCGCCCUCUUCCAGCACCAGCCCCCCGGGCCUUUUCCCAUCACGGGCCCUGAAGAGGAGGGGGACUCCGCUGCUAUCCCCGAGGAGGACGCUGUGCUGGCGCUGGGCUAGCACUUUGGCCCCGGGGACCCCAGAGUGUAGGACUCUCCAGGAGGAGGAUUUUUAUCAUUCCAGCCCUUCUGGGCUUUGGCCUCGGGCCUUGCCCCUCAGGCUGGCCAGGCCCACCACUGCUUAUACUACCAUGAAGAACAGCCAUGUACCCCUGCCCCCACCAGCCAGGGCUUUGGGGUCGGAGCAGAGGGGGAAGGCAGCCACUCGCAACACCACGCCUGGCCUCAUCUGUGCUGCUUCUGCCGCAUUUGCAAUAAAAUCUGCACGCCAGAGGGA